CCUGUAUGUACUUUGUACCUUCUCUCUCCCACUACUCUUUCAAAACAAGAAGGGACCGGAAGAGGCUGAUGUACAAAAGGAGAAAAAAGGCCAAAGUGGAGUCUAAUAAGGGCUCCGAGAAAGAGAGCCGAGAAACAGACCAUCGGAGACCUGAUGUUGUUAAGAUGAUGCCCCGACCACAGAACCGUGCGUCGCGUUUCAUCCCACUCAUUGCCUUGGUCGUAGCCAUCUGUGUGGUUCCGCUAACAGCUGACAUAUCUUCAUCUUCGCUUCCACAUCGUAAAUCAAUGUCGCUGAAAAUGGAUGAGGCAUUCCUCAAGGUCAACAAUGAGUUGGAGACCAAAUUGGUGGUGUCUUGGAUGUCCAACCACUGUUAUCAGUGCUUGUACCAGACCUUGGGGCUGGUUCCUGCAGGUCCGGGCCCUGGCAAGUCCAGCUUUGUAGACUUUAUAGUGGGUACGCGGCAUGGCAUCACCCUGCAGCUGAACAACUCAGAUCCCAAUGUGGAGCUCUGCAGGGUUCCAUUCUCCUUUGGGGAGCAUGGCAACUACUCCCUCUGGGUGAAGAACCAAUCAGUUUCAGCAGUGAACUGCUCCAUGGUCACUCACUCAGACCCGGUUAACAGUUACCUGCCAAUCUUGAUAGCAUUCAUCGUGUUGGCUGGACUAAGCAUGCUGUUAGCCAUUGGAGGUGCAAUAAUAAAGCUAGAUGUGGUCAGGGGUUUGCUUCACAGGCUGAGCAAUUCCAUGGAAACAGAGAGGCUCAUCAACUCGGAGCUGGGAUCACCAGGCCGGCUGGUGGAGUCGAGCAACGACAACAUCCUGCCUGCACCAAGUGUCCUCAGCAGAAGGCUACGAUCUCUGGACACAUUCAGAGGGAUGUCCUUGGUCGUCAUGGUGUUUGUGAACUACGGCGGAGGGAGAUACUGGUUCUUCAGACACGAGAGCUGGAAUGGUCUGACUGUUGCUGAUCUGGUGUUUCCAUGGUUUGUAUUUAUAAUGGGGACGUCCGUAGCCUUGUCCAUGAACUCCCUGCUUCGUUCAGGCUGGUCUCGCUGUUCUCUGCUGUUGAAAUCAGUUUGGAGGAGCCUGCAACUCUUUCUCAUAGGAGUCCUAAUCAUCAACCCCAACUACUGCCUGGGCCCCUUGUCCUGGGAUGGCCUGCGGAUACCAGGGGUGCUGCAGCGGCUGGCCGUCGCCUACCUCCUGGUAGCCAUGCUGGAUUUACUGGUGGCCAGAGUUCACACCGACAAUCUCCUAGUGGAUGUUUGGUGGUAUCCUGUUCGUGAUAUCUUGCUCUACUGGCCAGCCUGGAUUUGCGUGCUCUGCUUGGAAGCAGUUUGGCUGUGCAUCACCUUCCUUCUUCCUGUCCCUGGCUGCCCCACGGGGUAUUUGGGUCCCGGUGGAAUUGGGGACAUGGGUCUGUACUCUAACUGCACUGGUGGGGCGGCUGGAUACGUAGACCGUUGGCUGCUGGGGAACAACCACAUCUACCAGAACCCCUCCUCACGGGUGAUAUACCUGACCCACACGGCGUACGACCCUGAAGGUAUUCUUGGUAGCAUCAACACUGUCCUCAUGGCCUUCUUUGGAUUACAGGCAGGAAAAAUCCUCUUGCACUAUAAAGACCUGCACAGCAAGAUAAUAACCCGUUUCCUCAUAUGGGCUCUCAUAUUGGGCAUAUUAUCAGCAGUCCUCACCAAGUGUUCCAGAAACCAAGGAUUCAUUCCUGUCAACAAGAACCUCUGGUCCCUUUCCUAUGUCACUACACUGGCCUGCAUGGCCUUUGUGGUGUUGCUGCUUGUCUACUACGUCGUGGAUGUGAAGAGUUGGUGGAGCGGAGCACCCUUCCACUACCCCGGUAUGAACUCCAUCCUGGUCUACGUGGGCCACGAAGUGUUCGAGCAGUACUUCCCCUUCCGCUGGCGCAUGGCCGACAGCCAGUCUCACGCCGAGCACUUAGCCCAGAACCUGGUGGCUACCUCCUGUUGGGUCUUCAUCUCCUACCUUCUGUACAAGAAAAGAGUCUUCUGGAAGAUUUAAAGAUUUAAAGCCAAAAAAAUGUGCUGAGCAGACAGGUCAAGGACAACCGAUAGGAUUCCCACAAGUUGGAUUUAUGUGAGAUUUACUGACUUGCAAUUGAAAAAUCAAAGGACUUCUUCCUUAAAAAUCAAAAGAUGGAAUUUAUUUUUAUAAAUUUCGCUGUAUGUAUAUAAAAUCUAUGUAUGUUAUGUUUACUUUAGAAAAGAGCUAGACCAAGACUAAAUUAAGAUAUUUUUCAAUGACACUGGCCUAUGUUGUGUGUGAUCAUCAAGAAGUGACAGACAAGUCCCUGUUGGACAGCAGAGGCAGCGCUACAACAUUUCAUGGCGGUCAAAUGGUCAUUUCUGUUUGAUAUUUUAAAGUCUAGAAUUGUGUUUUCUCAUUCCAUUCAUUGUAAUUUUUUUUGCCAAGUGAGCGUUACCUUUAGUUUUAUUACUAUUUUUUUAUUUGGUAUUUAGGCAUCAUAUUUUUCAUACUUUUUAGCACUGCACAAUUAGAAAUACGGGAACUUUUCACUAUUUUGCCAUAGCCUAUUAUACUUCAAAAUACAACAUUUUAGUUUGUAAAAGUGUGCCAAUGGAUUGACAUGCUAUCAUUAAUGCACACACUAUACACAUUCAAUUGAUUCUAUAAUGAAUAAUUAAAUGAUUAAGCUCAUUCUGUGCUGGCUACAUGAAGAUGCAAGUGGGUGUCAUAUCCCCCUCCACACACACUACGUAGUGCUCUGAGUGACUUGCAAAAAAGUGCUACAUAAAUGCAAUACAUUAUUAUAAUUAUUCAUAAAUAAACAUGUUUAUACCAUUAAGAAAUACAUAAAAUGUGCCUUUUAGGACAACUACUUUUAUCAUGUA